UGCUUAGAAAUGCUUCAGUACGAAGUUACAGUUUAGAUACUGAAUGAUUCUACGAAAGCGUUGUCAGUUGGCGUUGUAAACCAUAUCACAGAUUCCUUACCCUCCAACUUCCUAUCGAAGCGGUUAUGGUUACGGUCACGGACAAUGUAAACCGUCUUUUACGGUUAUGUGCUGGCACCCAUAGUUUUUUUUUUUGGUGUGUGUGGGCGAAUUUUCACAGAUAAUCGGGGGUUAUUAAAGGAUGGACAAUUGCUAGUCAACACUAAACGACCAACGAACGAUUCCGCACAAGCGGAACUCAAUUCGAAUCCAAAAUAUCAUGAGGAUCUGACGUUACUCGAAUUCCCUAACCGAAUUUGAUUUAUUAAUAACGAAUAAACAAUUGACUAUCAAACAUCGAGAACUCAUUAUAAAACACCAUCAAACGAUCAACAACCGGUUAAAAACAGAUCAACUUCUUUGGGUGUGAAUGACCGGCAAAGCAUAUGGAGCUCUUGCUCCAUUUUAUAAACUUCACGACUUCUAAUAGAGCUUUUACUUCGUGGAUUGAAUAAACAUGGCAGACGCGAUUGCUAGACGAGAGGCUCGGCGUAAACGAAUUUUGGAAAAUUCAGAGACUCGAUUGCAAAGAAUUACUAGUGGACAGCGUAUCGGACACGAAGAUGUUCAUCCUGACCUAACCCAACCAAAGAAUGACGAUUUGGUCAAAACUUAUUUAGAACAUCAAGAUUACGUAACCCUAACAGAAUCAUUGCCAAAUAAUUUACAUAGGCGUGAGGGUUCAUCUAUGGAUGAUAUUCCUGCUUUGAUGAACCAUAUUGUACAGAAUGAGACACAGAACAAUACUGUUACAAACAAAGUUACGAAUGUACCAAACAAUGAUAAUAAGAAUGCUUCUAUCAAAAAAGUAUUUCAAUCUGCCGAUGCAGGUGUGUUAUUCAGUGUAUUUGGAAACAAAUGGACGCUCGUACUCCUUGCAGCGCUCGUAAAUAUUUUAUAUCUUUUGCAACUGCAACGUUUCUGUGGCAAGGAUAUUCUUGUACCAUUCUUUACACUGGUGUUGGUAAGACUGCAUCUAUUUGAAAAUAAAGCAGAAAUGCAGGGUGGAAACAUGUUAUCUGCGGUUCUAAUAUUGUGUAGCGUGGAUCCUAAACUCGUUCGUAAUCUCAGAUGGGUCAUGAGGAUAUGUAGAAAAGUUGUAGAAGAAUUUUCAAUCUAUAUCUUCAGCUUUAUCGUCCUGCACAAUGUGGCUUCAUUGUAUUAGCACGACAUUGAUAUAACAGUUCUAACAAUUGAUUCAUCAAAUAAUGAGCUACUGCAAUAUACAAUAAAUCUUUUUUACUUGGCAACGAAACGUCGCCUGAAAAUUGGAUGUCAAAUAA